UGCCCGAGCUUCUUUCCUGCAUCCGGGUCUGGGUGGGCUGGCUCUCAAAUCUAGCGACGGCCAUGGAGGUACGCGAGGAGUCCCAGUCUGGAGCUUCUCCCUCUUCACCCCGGGACUGCUCGGGGAUCUCGGUGUCUAAGGAGCUGCUGACGGCGGGAAGCGGCGGCCGCGCAGGUAUAUGGGACAGGUUACUCAUCAACCCCAAGCCUAAUUGCAGAAAAACUUCCACUCUUCAAACAGUUCGGAUAGAGAGGAGUCCCUUAUUGGACCAAGUACAGACCUUUCUCCCACAGAUGGCUCAGGCAAAUGAAAAGCUAAGAAAAGAAAUGGCAACCGCACCCCCUGGGCAUUUCAAUAUUGAAGAUAUUGAUGGGAGUCUUGGAAAAGUUAUACAAAUGGAUGUGGCCUUGUUUGAGAUGAAUCAGUCCGAUUCAAAAGAAGAGGACGGUUCAGAAGAGAGUUCGCAAGACAGCUCAGAGGACAGCUCAGACUCUGAGGAAGAUGACACCGCCUCUUCUGAAGUCACCACAGACAACUUUAAACUUCCUCAUUCAGAAGACGGAAAAGGCAAGAUCGAGGUUUUGGACAGCCCUGCCAGUAAAAAAAGGAAAGAGUAAAAUAAAUGACCUUGGGAGCAGGUGACAUACGCCUGCUAAUUCUGUGGAAAAAGAAUGUGACUUGCUGGUUAUUUUGCAUUUCAGGUAUCUGUGGUGCUUGUAUGUGAUAUUAGAUAUUUUUUGUUUCUCAGAGAAACAGAAACUAUCUUUUAAAGGCUGGAAUAGUAGCAUUUGGGGAAUCUUCUAAGAGCAGACUGCAUUUGAUCUCAUGCUAAAGAGAUUCCCUUUAGAAAGCUUAGCUUUAUGUAUGGUGACAAGUGAAUUUGCUGGCAUUUUCUUUCUUCAGCAGACUUUGGAAAUAUCAAACUUAUUUUAAAGUAAAAAUACAAAUCCUUUGUUUUUGUUUGAAAUUUAUUCUCUUGAAUAACCCAAUAUAGGUUUUUUGGGAUAUUAUAAAAUCAGAUUUAUUUGUUACCAUCACAGUGUGGGUUCAAUAGGGGAGAAUUUUUUUUUUUUUUAAGAGAAAGAAAUUUUUUAUAAAGAUAAGAAUUAUUUAUAUUCAGCUGCCCCCAGGCAUAUCUACUUUCAUUAAAAAAAAAACAAAAACAAA